AUUUGCUGUAGAACUGACACAUCUCCUUGUCAACCACUCCCAUCUGGGCAUUUUAAAGCACAUACUGUACAACAACACUCAUUUUUUUCUGUUGAGAUCAGGCACAAGGAGUGGACAAAAAAAACAACAAAAAAAAGUAAAUGAGCAGGCAAUGGCUUUUACAAAGACUUUUGGACACUACAGUACAGAACAAACAUUCUAACAUGUCUAUAUUAUCAUGCAUCAUAUCUUAGCAAGUCUAAUUGGUGUCUUAUGGCUACAUUGGCAUGCUCCAAAGAGUCUGCAGUUGCUGGAUAUCGUUUCCCAGUUGGCAGACCAAUCACUGCAGAGGGCCAUUGGCAAGGGUACAGCUGUAUUUAAUCGGUCAACAAAUAUUUUACAUUUUUUUGCCUGUUUUUUUUAAUUUAAUGAUUAAAAUUGAAAACUAGAAAGCCAGUUCAUAAGAAAUUUUAAAUACACAAUAGAGAAUGUAUUGCUUACCCUCUAAGAUGAAAGGGUAAGCAAUAAUAAGCAUCACAAAAGUAUCUGCCUGCUCAGAGAGUGCUAUCUCUAAGCAUUUUAAUGGAAAGUUGAUAAGGAAAAAGUGUGAGGAUUGUGUCAGAAUUGUGUAACAAAGCCCAUUCAAUAGUUCAGGGGAUUCAUACAAGAUAAGUCCUGACCCCAUACUAAACGCACAUAGUGUACAGUACUUAAUUUUGAGUAGACAGACACUUCUGGAUUAAAAUUCCUCUCUAUAUUCAUCUGGUGUAAAUUUUGGAGAAGCUGAACUUUUGGGAAGAGUAGAGCUGGCACCUAGACAAAAGAUAAAUAGAGCUAUAUCACGUUAAUAAAACGAAAGAUUUAUUCAAACAAUAUUUUUGUUUGUACAAUAUAUCACUUUAUACAAUAUAAUAUCUAUACAGCAAGAUGUUUUUUGUUGUAAUUUAAUAAGUGUAUAUUGUAACAUUUUAUACUACAAACAUGAAAAGUAUAUUGUUAGAACGAUAAUGUUUUCACGUUGUGACAUGAUAUAGCUCUAUUUUAAUUUUACCUGGGUGGAAACCCUGUUAUUUGUGCAAACUGUCUCUAUAAAUAAAAAUAUCAGAACGAGUUUGUGUUGUUUUAGCGGCGCAGAGCCUGCACGCAUGCGCUGUAAACACAACCACGUGACCAAACCCGGAAGAAGAGAACUGUCAAACAGAAGAGUCUUAGUUAAAACUAAAAACAUAUUCGGUUUUGUAUCGUGUAUUUCAUAGUAGAAGCGCCAGCAUGAGUCAAGGGUGCAGCAGGAAAUUAAAAACUGCAACCAGAGAAAAGUUAAGGAAAAUGAACCUUCUACGCGGUCGAGAGGUUUUACCAGGUGAGUUUUGGGAUGUGGUGGCUGUGACUGCUGUGGACGGGAGCCAGAGAGACUCAUACGAGCGGCAAAUCAGAGAGAAGAUUGAGAGGAAAGAGCUUCCUCUCGGAGUUCAGUACAAGGUCUUCUCUGAUCCUCCUGGGUGCAAAAUAGGCAAUGGAGGCUCCACUCUGUAUGCUCUGCAGCAGCUGAAUGACAUCUAUGGAAAAGCUCUGAGCAACCUGAGAAUCCUCCUGAUCCAUGCAGUUCGCAAAACUACACUGAAAAAGGCCAAUUCAAUGGGGAAUUACAAAUCCAGGCCGUCUCAGACAUGCACAGAUGAGUGGAAGAAGAAGGUGGGUGAGUCAUACUCUGUGAUCAUUGAGAAGCUGGACGACGACUUCCAGCUCCCAGAAAGUGCUCUGGCAGACCUCCACCUCGCUUUCAGCUCUGAUGAGGCUUUUCAGAAGGUGAACGUGAACUAUCGAACAGAGAAGGGGCUGUCGCUGCUGCAUCUCUGCUGCGUAUGUGGAGGAAAUAAGGCUCAGAUGCGUACCCUGAUGCUCAAAGGCCUGCAUCCUUCUAGACUGACCAGGAAUGGUUUCACUGCACUCCACCUGGCUGCUUAUAAGGACAACGCAGAGCUGGUGACUGAACUCCUGCAUGGUGGAUCAGAUGUGCAGCAGGUGGGGUACGGGGCCCUCACAGCUCUGCACGUUGCAACACUAGCCGGGCAUCAAGAGGUUGCUGAUAUACUCCUACAGCAUGGAGCUUUCGUCAACGUUCAGGAUGCAGUGUUUUUCACUCCGCUGCAUAUUGCCUCCUACUAUGGUCAUGAGCAGGUGGCAAAGCUUCUGCUGAAGUUUGGGGCAGAUGUGGAUGCCAGUGGUGAGGUGGGUGACCGGCCACUGCACCUGGCUGCAGCUAAAGGUUUUCUUGACAUCAUCAACCUGCUUGUGGGAGACGACAGCAAAGCUAAUGUCAAUGCCCGAGACAAUGAAGAACAUGUUCCUCUCCACUUCUGCGCCCGUUUUGGUCACCAAGAGAUCAUUCAUUUUCUUCUGGAAAGGAGCAGUGAAGUUCAGCCUCAUUCUGUCAACAUCUACGGGGACACCCCGCUACACUUGGCCUGCUACAAUGGUAAAUUUAGCGCGGUGAAGGAGAUGAUACAGCUUUCUGGCACCGAAAGUCUUUUAAAAGAGAACAUAUUCAGUGAGACGCCAUUUCACAGUGCCUGUACGUACGGCAAAGACCUAGAGAUGGUCAAAUUCCUGCUGGGCCAGAACACCAUGAGCAUCAAUCAUCAGGGCAGAGAUGGCCAUACGGCUCUUCACAGUGCCUGUUUCCAUGGCCACAUCCGCCUGGUGCAGUUUCUGCUGGACAGCGGGGCCGACAUGAACCUUGUGGCUUGUGACCCUAGCAGGUCCAGCGGGGAGAAAGACGAGCAGACAUGCCUGAUGUGGGCCUAUGAAAAAGGUCAUGAUACCAUCGUCACUCUUCUUAAACACUACAAACGUCCAGAUGAUUCUCCUUGCAAUGAAUACUCCCAGCCAGGAGGGGAUGGCUCCUAUGUUUCAGUCCCAUCUCCACUUGGAAAAAUCAAAAGCAUGACUAAAGAAAAAGCUGAAGUGCUUGCGCUCAGGGCCAGCCUUCCAUCUCAUUUCCACCUUCAGCUGUCUGAGCUGGAGUUUAAUGAAAUUAUUGGAUCGGGUUCCUUUGGGAGAGUCUACAGAGGCAAAUGCAGAAGCAAAAUUGUCGCCAUAAAACGCUAUAGAGCCAACACAUACUGCUCAAAGUCUGAUGUGGACAUGUUCUGCAGAGAGGUUUCCAUCCUCUGUCAUCUCAAUCACCCCUGUAUCAUCCAGUUUGUGGGGGCGUGUCUGGAUGACCCCAGUCAGUUUGCCAUCGUCACCCAGUACAUCUCCGGAGGGUCCUUGUUCUCCCUGCUGCACGAGCAGAAGCGGCUCAUCGACCUGCAGUCCAAGCUCAUCAUUGCCAUCGAUGUGGCCAAGGGCAUGGAGUACCUGCACAACCUCACCCAGCCGAUCAUCCACAGGGACCUCAACAGUCACAAUAUCCUGCUCUAUGAAGAUGGACAUGCAGUGGUGGCUGAUUUUGGAGAAUCCAGAUUUUUGCAAUCGGUAGAUGAGGAUAACCUCACCAAGCAGCCAGGGAACCUGCGCUGGAUGGCCCCCGAGGUGUUCACACAGUGUACACGGUACUCGGUGAAGGCGGACAUGUUCAGCUACGCCCUCUGCCUGUGGGAGCUGCUCACGGGAGAAAUCCCUUUUGCUCACCUGAAACCAGCUGCUGCUGCUGCAGACAUGGCUUACCAUCACAUUCGGCCUCCUAUUGGUUACUCGAUCCCCAAACCAAUCUCUGCUCUUCUCAUGAGAGGCUGGAACUCCUGCCCAGAAGACAGGCCUGAAUUCUCUGAAGUGGUUUCCAACUUGGAGGAAUGUCUGAGCAACACUGAGUUGAUGUCGCCAGUGUCCAGCAACAGCAGCGGCUCCCUUUCGCCCUCUUCCUCCUCUGACUGUCUGCUCAGCCGAGGGGGACCUGGCCGAAGCCACGUGGCCGCCCUGCGCUCUCGUUUUGAGCUGGAGUAUGCUCUCAACACCCGUGCCUACGCAUUCUGGACUCAGAGUGAGCGUCAUCGAGCUUCUGGUGGCCUUUCACUGGAGGAAAUCAGAAGGAACAUGCAGUUCUCUCCCAUCGAUCGAAAUGGGUAUGUUUCUGAUCCCAUGAGCACCAUGAGGUUCUGCUCAUCCUUCAGCAGCAGUGGCAGCUUUGAAGAAAAUGGCUAAACUGUUAAUCAUUCUCUGUAUUCUGUGAAAUCACUGUAGAAAAUGUUGAAUAAAGAAGGGAGUAGAAGAUUUAUUGCUAAUUUACACAAUACUUGAUGUUGAGUUUUCUUUUAUAUCAAAUUAGUUUAAUGUCUUUGCAUACGAUUUGCAAUAAAUGCUAAAAUAUUGUAAAAACAAAAA